AUGGAGUUGCGUCUCGUAGCCAUUGUGGCGCUGAGCCUUCUGUGGAGCUCGCAGUCGGCUUUCGGCAUCAGGUUCGUGAUCGACCGGGAAGAAUGCUUCUCUCAUCCGGUCCCAUACGAAGGGGACACAGUUUCUGUGUCCUUCGUGGUGAUUAAGUAUGAUGCCACUUGGCGCCGCGGGGACGAUGGCGUCGAUCUUGUGGUGCGUUACCUUUUACUGCGCAAAUCGAUCAUAUUCUGCAUCUUCAUGUCUGCAACCCUUUCCGACCAUUUGGUAAAAAAAAAAAUUGGAUUGUUGGAACGGAAAAUUCAUGCUCUGUUCUAGACCCGCCUGCUGGUAUGAGAUCUUACAAUGAUGAUGAGAGUGGGGAGCAGCUAGGGGGAGCUUCGCGGUGAAGCUGCAUGCCCUAAAGUCAACUGGUCGAAGGCCUCAAAAAAUGAAGAAGAAGAGGAAGAAGAAGAAGCUGCAUGCCCUAUAGUCAACUGGUCGAAGGCCUCAAAAAAUGAAGAAGAAGAAGAAUUGUGGUGGCUCUUUUAGCGCCUUUAGUGGGGAAGUGGAGAUGAUAGAUGGUGGGAGAGGAGCCAUCAACCCCUACCAUCCGAACUAUAUAAAGCCUUCUGAUCCUGAAAGAUGUUAUGCUCAUAGAAGAUAUUUGGGGAGAAAAAUUGGAUCCACUUAGUGAAUGAAUCAACCUUGAUAAGCUGGUUAUGAAAUCAUCACAUGAGAUUUGAUCUGACUGAGAUCCCAGCCUCUUAUGAGCUAUUUGGUUCUAUCAGAAUCUGGUGGCCGUGGGGAUUGGUUCUUGGUUGACCCUAAAAGUGAGACCAGAGCUUCCAUGAGGGAUUUGUGAUCAGUGAGGAACACUGGUUGACUCCGACAGUUUUCUAGAGCUAGCACAAUAUCACCCCUCUUCUAGAGUUCUCAGUCUCUUAGAACUGGCAUAAGAUGGGGUUCCUGAGACUGUUACCCUUCAUCGAUGAUGGCCAGACUUUUGCCAGACGUUGACCAGCUCUGAGCUUGUUCAACUGGUUUCAAUCCUGGGUCAUGAUGGUUGGCAAUUGAUUCAGACGUUGACCAGCUGUGGUUAAUCGUAGUUUGCUUGAAUGGGACUGUAGAGUGGGCUAUGAUUCCAUAAAAAAAGAGAUCAUGUAGUCUUAAACAUAGCAUUGACUUCCAUAUAAGAUCAAUUAUGUCAAAGAAUAUAAUAAAAUCCUCUUAGGAAAAUAAAAAGAUGAUUUUUUCCAUUGAUUCCUCUCUGCCUCAGGUGAAGGGCCCAACGGGUGAACAGAUCCGAGACUCUCGUGGGAAGACAAGCGACAUGUUUGACUUCACCGUUCGUCACAAGGGUCUUCACCGCUUCUGCUUCGUGAACAAGUCUCCUUACCACGAGACCAUUCAGUUUGAUGUACACGUGGCCCAUUUUGCAUACUAUGAGCAUCAUGCAAAAGAUGGUGAGAGUCAGCGACCUGAUCUUAGUUUCAGCCCCUUUGACUCUGGCUUUGACUUAUGUGCAAUCUAUUCGUCUCCCUGUAGAGCACUUUGCGCCGGUCAUAGAACAGAUUGGAAAAUUGGAAGAAGCUCUGUACAACAUACAGUUCGAACAGCACUGGUUGGAGGCCCAAACUGAGCGCCAGGCCCUGUGUAAGAGUUGACUUUUUCUAAUACUGCCACUGCUCUUUAACCAAGCGAAGGUUUUUCUUCAUUUCGGAGAUUUUUUUUUCUAAUGGGCUAAUUUUUGGCGAGUCAACACAAGUCAAUACUUUCGUUUCAACUCUCUUAUAAACAAGGGAAUAUAAGAGAUAUAUAAAUCUGGAUCAUGCAUGUAUAGCUAGUUUUCUGAGGAUUUUGGUGCUGGUUUCUUCACAUGUGAUGGUUUUUGGUGCAGUGAAUAAGGCGAUGAGCAGAAGGGUGAUCAUCAAGGCCCUCUUUGAGUCAGGAGCUCUGGUGGGAGUGAGCGCCUUUCAGCUCCUUCUCCUCCGCAGGCUAUUCGAGAAGAAGCUUGGUAACACGAGGGUAUGA